AUAACUAUGGUCAAUAAAAGUCGUGGCCAGGGUGGUUUUAACGUGAUGAUCAUGACCCACGACCCUCCAUAUAUAAUGCUUGUCCUAAACUACAAUCUUUCCUCUACCAGCCAUCAAAAAAUCACUACUGCUUGUUCUUCAUCUCCAUCGCUAUGACAACGAGAUCCUUCGUGAGCCUGGUGGCAGCGCUCCUGUGUGUGAUCCACCUCGUCACUGCUGCUAAUCCUCGAUGGAACCAGCACUUCAAGGUGAUCUGGGGAAAGCACCACGUCCGAGAGACCAACAACGGCCAGUCGAUGCAAAUGGUCCUCGACAAAUCAUCUGGAUCGGCUUUCCAAUCGUAUGAAAGGUACAAGUUUGGCUACCUGAGUGUACGCAUGAAGCUCGUCCCCAACAAUUCAGCCGGAGUGGUCACCACCUUGUAUCUCUCGUCGACAUCUUCCAACCACGACGAAUUGGACUUUGAGUUCCUGGGAAACAAGUCCGGCCAGCCAUACAUCCUCCACACCAACAUCUUCGUCAACGGUGUCGGAUCACGAGAGACGCGCUACUCCCUCUGGUUUGAUCCUGCCAAAGACUUCCACACCUAUGCCUUCCUCUGGAACCGGCACCAGAUCGUCUUCUUUGUCGACUCCAUUCCUGUUCGAGUUCUACGGAACACUCCGACGACCAUCUAUCCUUCACAGCCAAUGUAUGUCUAUGGAAGUAUUUGGAACGGGGACAACUGGGCGACCCGAGGAGGCCUGGACAAGAUCGACUGGAACUCUGCACCCUUCCUGGCCGAGAUUGGCAGUUACAACUUGGAUUCGUGUCCGUGGAGUGAUCCCUUCCCUCUGUGCAUUACCACCACUUGGGAGAAGUGGUGGGAUCAGCCUGGAUCCUGGACACUGAGCCCUUCGCAGCGGAGUUCCUAUCUGUGGGUGCAGAAGAACUUCCUCAUCUACGACUACUGCACUGAUGCCAAACGCUAUCCAGUCCCCCCAAAGGAAUGCAAGCUCUCGCCUUGGUAAACACACAGCGACUCACUUCCAAGAG